AUGUCUUAUUAUUUUUUGUUUGCCGCUGGUUUGUUCAUUUCAUCAUUCACCAAAGGAGCUGAAAAUGCUCUCUGUUUCGGUGCACUUAAACUUGAUUUGCCGGUUCGCUAUUUACAUAUACAGUUGCGGUAUGGCGAAACUAAUAUUACACAAUCUGUAGGCCCUUUAAAAGUAUCUAUUUCGGGAUCUUGUCGUCAUCGGUUCCAAUUACUUGAUUAUUAUGACGGCUCGUAUGUGCUACGAUUGCGGUUAUGGUCUUCUUGUCUACAGAUGGUUAUCAAUAUUCAUACUCCAAACGGUGUCCCAUUGUGCGACUCCCCAAUUGUAAUUAAGAAAGCUGAUGGAAGUUUGCUUUAUUCGGAAUACUGUGAUUGUCCGAAAGGGAUCGUUUCGCAGUGGAUGCAGGAAUCUGGUUGUACAUCACAACAUUCACAGCUUGAUAGUGAUUUAAGUCAAUGGUCUACGAUUAAUUUUGAAGAAGUAUUAACGAUAGUAAAAAAGAAAUGGGCAAGUCCGCAACAUCGCCGUGGCAGUGCAUUAUGUCAUUAUCAAAUCAUUGAAAAUAAUUUGUAUAGACAGUGUUUUGGUGAAUAUACGGGUUUCCGGAUAUUUGUUGAUGCAGCAUUCACGUCAUUGAUGAGAAAAAUGUAUUUGCCAAAUACAGAAUUUAUCUUCAAUCUUGGCGACUGGCCGCUUGCAAAGGCAGAAAGUGACCUUGUUCCAAUGAUUAGCUGGUGUGGUUCCAAAGAUACAACCGAUAUCGUAAUGCCAACGUAUGAGCUAAUGAAAUCAGUAAUUGACUCUAUGGAAUCGGUAAUACUCGACAUACAUUCUGUAAGAGGUCGAGAUUCUAGUAAGCUGCGACUUCAUAUAGCGCAAUUAUCAAAACUACAUCCUAAUUUUCUGGAUGCAGGAAUUACGAGAUAUUUCUUCUUCAACGAAUCCCAGCACACGCCGACGGUUGAAACAAUGCCGUUCCCUAACUUCUUCGAGUACAAAUUUAUACUAAGCAUUGAUGGAACGGUUGCUGCGUAUCGUUUUCCUUUUUUGCUGGCUGGAGAUAGCAUCGUUUUCAAAUCGUUCUCUGAUUAUUAUGAACAUUUUUACGCCGAUCUAGAAGAAGGACUACAUUAUUUUCACUUUAGUGAUUCAACUCUCAUUGAACAGAUCAAAUGGGCACGGACACAAGACCAUAACAAGACAUUAAAGGCAAUGCGCCAGUUUGUGCUCCAGCAUCUUCAACCUCUGAAUGUUUACUGCUAUUAUGCCGAUUUUGUGCAGAAGUAUACUAGUAAAUUGGAGAAUAUUCCGACACAACCUCAGGAUGGGAUGGAACUUAUCCCGAAAAUACCUCCGAAAAACAAUCUACUGACCAGUCGUGCGAUUGUUCAAACCAAAUGA